CGGAUCAAACCAUAUCUCCAGAAUGCUAUGCACCACGUUCCAUUCCCGAAUUCACUGUCUACACGGGGCACAACUUAAUAAUCAAUCUCGCAGACGCUCAUCAAUAACGCUAGCACAGGUUUCAGCGCAGGAACACCGCUAUGUCACCGGCCUAGAUUUAUAGUUCACGGCCCCUUCCUGGCCUGCAGCUUCCCCUCUUUUGUAUAUGUCCCAUCAUUCUCAGCUAGAAUCGUGGCGCCAAACGCCUCAGGACAAGCGAUUGACAAUUUCUUCGAUCCAUGUAACAGCUCCUGCGGCUGGCCUUCGUCGCAUUCCAGCCGGUUAUUAUGUCGCCGUCAAGAUCGACGGAACUGUUUGGAGAACAGCCGUUAAAGCGGAAGUACCGUCAAGCAAUAUCGUGCAGUGGGAUCAGAUUUUUGUACUUCCCGCAGAUAGUUCAGCAACAGUAUCUUUGAGAAUCUUUGCAGCCUUCGAAUUUGAACGUAUGCUUGGGCGUGGCGAGUUGAUGCGCGAAGCCGAGCUUACAGUGGGAGAACUUUUACAUCACAGCGACCAAUCUCUACCCAUCUUAUUCUUCCCUGGUGGGGGUGAAUUAUCAUCUCUCCUGGUAAAGGUUGACCGAGGCCUUGAAGACGAACCCGAUGCGACUCAGUUUGGCCAACGCCACUCCCCCAGACCCGAUGAGUCACAACUUCUCGGACAAAUGACAGAGACCGGUCAGAAUCUCCUCGCAUGCUAUCGCCGCACUCGUCGCAUCUCAGACUAUCACGCAGCCACGGAGCAGCUGCGCCUUGCGCUUGAUUAUUGUGGCAGUGAACACCCUGACCGUGCAGCAGCAUUGACUAAUUUAGCGGACGCUCUUGUGAUUCACCCGCAUAUUGAAGAAAGCGAUAACUCCAUCAAUGCCCCUAUCUCGUUGUAUCAAGAGGCGCUGGGGCUUCGCCGAUCGGGGCACCCAGACCAUCCUUUGGCACAGCUCAAGCUUGGACUUGCAUUGCUAUACCGUUUUCAACUAAGGAAAAAUCCUGCGGAUGUGAUGGAAGGACAAGACCUGCUGAAUCGUGCGCAACGCGUAUGUUCAGACGACACUUCCGAUAUCGAACCCGUCAUUGACGCAAUCAGGAGCUCCACUCCUACUAAUAUUUCAAGUCACCGCUCUUUGGAGGUGCUUCCAUCACCACCUUCACCGCUUUCACGAGUGUCGAUGAACUCCGCAGCUCCACCGCCUCAUAAAUUCACAGAAGCGGUGGGACGCACUGCUGACAUAUCAACACGUUCUGUUCCGGUAUCAGUGAGAAGCAUGAACGGUGAAUCACUGCUACAGCAUGGCCAGGCAGAACAAUUCGGAGAUGAGAAAGAGUUUGCCGUAGAUGAAGCUGACGCUCCACCGCCAGCCUGUCAGCUUACCCAUCCUCGCCUGCAAUCGGGAACUCUAUACACAAACUCUGUCAUGAUGCCCCCUCAACAACUGCCAGGAAGUCCGCGCAGAGAAUUGCUGCUUGCCCCUGAUGUCGAAAUGCGGGUAAUACAACCACAGCAGACUAUUAAAUCUAUCUCAUCACCGCUCACACCCCAUUCGUUUCUCCCCUUGCCGGUACCAGCUGCUCGGGCCCCAAAUCUGCUCGCUUCUAACCUUCGCAUAGUAUUUAUUGCUGCUUUCGUGUCUCUAUCUAUUCUCAUGCUGAUGACACAUCCAUUGAGUGGGCCAUGGUUUUGAUUAAUCUUAUUAUUGCUACCUGCAUUCACAUAUGUAAUACUAGGACUGUGCAUAGAAUCUGUACAAUAUCUGUAGCAUCA